AUGUUGCCCCCUUUACCCCCCCGCACAUCAGCAGGUGAGUGUUUGUCAGAUAGUGAAGAUGUGCUGACAGUGAAAGUAGACCAAGCAAGAGUUGAAACAUCAAUCAACAGACAUUUGCAUUCAAGGGUCAAUCCGGUCCUAACCAGCUCACCAUUUGCAAGGGAGGAUGCGAGUGUGUAUACGACAUGGGGAGAGAUCAGAUGUUUUACAGAUCAUACAAGCAAGAUCAAGAACGUAAUGGUCUCUCCGAAACUGGAAGUGAUUGCAGCACUGACAGAUGAUGCCGCGUUGAGAACAUGGGAGCCAAGCAGCGGCAACGAGGUACGGUGCUUCAAGGGACAAGGCAGAAGCAUCACGUUGCUUGCCUCGAUCAGCUUGAACGUGAGCGGGAGCUACCAAUACUGCAUAGUCGCGGGGUCAUCGGACGGUACGGUCAGAGCAUGGGAGGCAAGCAGCGGCCAGCAGGUAUGGUGCUUCAAGGGACAAGGCAGCAGCAUCACCUUGAACGUGAGCGGGAGCAACCAAGACUGGAUAGUCGCGGGGUCAUCGGACGGUACGGUCAGAGCAUGGGAGCCAAGCAGCGGCCAGCAGGUAUGGUGCUUCAAGGGACAAGGCAGCAGCAUCACGUGCCUUGCCUCGAUCAGCUUGAACGUGAGCGGGAGCUACCAAGACUGGAUAGUCGCGGGGUCAUCGGACGGUACAGUCAGAGCAUGGGAGGCAAGCAGCGGCAACGAGGUACGGUGCUUCAAGGGACAAGGCAGAAGCAUCACGUGUCUCGCCUUGACUAGCUUGUAUGUGAGCGGGCGCUACCAAUACCGCAUAGUCGCGGGGUCAUCGGACGGUACGGUCAGAGCAUGGGAGGCAAGCAGCGGCAACGAGGUAUGGUGCUUCAAGGGACAAGGCAGAAGCAUCACGUGUCUCGCCUUGACUAGCUUGAACGUGAGCGAGAGCUUCCAAUACCGCAUAGUCGCGGGGUCAUCGGACGGUACGGUCAGAGCAUGGGAGCCAAGCAGCGGCCAGCAGGUAUGGUGCUUCAAGGGACAAGGCAGCAGCAUCACGUGCCUCGCCUUGACGAAUGUGAGCGGGCGCUACCAAGACUGGAUGGUCGCGGGGUCAUCGGACGGUACGGUCAGAGCAUGGGAGGCAAGCAGCGGCAACGAGGUGUGGUGCACGGAAGAAGAUGAAAACAGUAUCAUAAGCGUUAUGUGGUCUGAAGAAGGGGGCAUGAUGAUAGCUGCAGGAGCAUCCGACUUCACGGUCAGAGCAUGGGAAGAACCUGGCGGGAAGGAGAUAGGACACUUUGAGGGAAACGUAUCUGUUGUCAGAAAGGUUGCGUGGUCGAAGGAUGGCAAGUUGAUCGCUGCCUUGUCAUGGGACAGCUCGGUCAGGGUGUGGGAGAGAAGCAGCUGUAAACAAAUCAGAUGCUUGCAAGGACACAGAUUGACGCGCAUUGCUUGGUCAAACGAUGGGAGCAUGCUUGCGACCCACACGUCUGAAGGGCAAGUGAGUGUAUGUGACAUGAGCAGCGGCGAGAUGUUGAGAUGCUUUGAAGAGCAUCUCGUGAUAGUCACAGAUGCGACGUGGUCUCAGGAUGACAAGUUGUUAGCUGCAGGUUCAUCGGACUUCACUGUGAGGGUGUGGGAAGUGAGGAGCAGCAAGCAGUGGCGGUGGCUGAAGGGACAUCAGGACCAAGUCACUGGUGUGGCAUGGUCGAGAGACGGGAGCAUGCUCGCGUCGAGGUCAGAGGACAAGACUGUGAGGGUGUGGGAGAUGAGCAGCGGCAGGAGAGUGAGCUGCUGCACGGGACAUGAAGGAAGCGUCACCUGCCUUGCAUGGACAAGGGACGGGAGCUUUCUCGCCUCAGGAUCAUCCGACUGCACGGUGAGGGUGUGGGAGGCGAGGAGCGGGAAGGAGAUCAAGUGCUUUCGAGGACAUACCAAGAGCGUGACUGAUGUCGCAUGGUCGGAGGACGGCAGCAUGCUUGUAUCAGGAUCAGACGACACCACAGUGCUCGUGUGGGGAAGCUUGUGA